AUGAAACCGAAUAACCAUGGAACUUGGAAAUACUAUACCAAAGCAGAAAUAUUAGACCAUAUUAUAAUAACACCCAAAUUACAACUACAACUCAACUUAAUAUUUUAUUCAAUAAAAAAUUACCAAAAGAUAUUAGACUUUAAAUACAAAGAAGAAGAAGAAGUCAAUUCUGAAAAUAAAGAACAAUUCAAAAAAUUAGAAUUACCAAAUUUCAUUGUAGAUGAAGCAACUGACUUCAUAAAUAAAUCAUUCAAAAACAUUCAACCAAUUGAA